UGGACAAAGGAUCACUGUCCUAAACAUCACAUUAUAACAUCCCAUCAUCUGAGAAUGUUUGACAGAGGAUAAUGUUUCCCACACUUGAUAGUGUCUCUCAGAUAGUUGUAGAGUAUACUAUCAUCUGGAACCGGACAAUUCACCCUUGGAUGUGACACAAUACUGCUUUUUACCCUUGGUACUGCCACGAGACUACUUUUCACCCUUGGUACUGUAACAAGACUGUUUUCACCCUUGGUACUGUAACAAGACUGUUUUCACCCUUGGUACUGCCACGAGACUGCUUUUCAUCCCUUCGUACGUCAACAAGACUGUUGUGCACCCUUCGUAUGUCAACAAGACUGUUGUGCACCUUUGGUACCGAAGCAGGACUAUUCUCAACCUUCAGUCAGCUAGUGGUAUCAACAGAUGUCAUGGAAAUUAUAAAAGAUUUGCUGAAGAUCAAAAACACUAAUUUCCUGGCAAAAUUAGUAAGCAUAACAUUUAUACUGUUUUGUUUGUUGGAUUGUAUAAUUGCUGCAGAAGAAAUAAGAAUGUUUAAAAGUUCACUGAGGAAUAAUUUACAAAACAUGACGCUACCUACACGUAAAUUAUGGACAAUCACAAACCUAACGACGACAUUCCGGUGCGCUGAACACUGCAAAAACGACGAUGCGUGUGUCAGUUUUUUCUACAACAAUGAUUCUCAUUUAUGUGAGGGUCAUUCCAUCACUUUAGGAGUUACAAACGGGUCAAUCCCUGCUGUCGGUAAUAAGUAUUAUGUAGAUGAAGAUGGUGAAGGCUAUAUAGGCGAUGCUUGUACUACAUCCUCGGAUUGCUACGUCACAGACUCAGAGUGUCGCGGUGGCGCAUGUUGGUGCUCUCCUGGAUACAGUUUUUGGCCAUCGUCAAGGUCCUGUGCCGCAAAUUGCACUAUAUACGGAACCGAUUACACCGAAGUAUCCAAUCACUUCCUCAUCCAGAAUAAUGAGGAGGCCAUUCAGAAUAUCACCUUUGAGACCUGUGUUCAGUCAUGCAUAUCGGUGACACUUUACACGUGCGUCACGUUUGAAUUCGGCUGGCAGACCAAUGACUGUUUCCUCCAGAGUGUCACGAAGCUUGACAAACCUGAUAAGUGGUAUGAAGACCAAAAUGACCGUGGAUUUGUCCACUACCAGCGAGACUGUGUCUGAAGUCAAGGAUAUUCCAACUUCGUGUUUGGUUCUCUAAGGUCACUCAUACUACAGCACUGGGGAUUAUUCUUAAACUAUUGGAUUGAUGUUACUUUUCAUAGAAAAUUGAUUAUUUGGAUGGGUUCAUCAUACCAUUUAUGAAAUUUAAGAAGUGUUGUUUUUCUGAAUGAGGAACGGUUCACUCUAUCGUAUUUGCCAAUGCAUACACAGGCAAAAUGUGUAUCAAGUCAAUUUCAGAUGAAAGAUUUCCAAGUCAAAUUGACCUGACUAAAGCAGAUUAGUCGAUUCAUGUCAAGAAAUUGACCUCAAAAUGAUCUGCAAUUGACCUGAACAUUUCUUCAUGUGAAAUUGACUUCAAUUUCAUGUCAUUUUUAGGUCAAUUUGUCAAUAUGUGUUCAGGUCAAAUUUACCUCAAAACAUUUUCCCAGUGUAGUGGUCAUUUUCACAAGGAACUAUGAUUGGACAAAAUCCGUAUCAUCAGAAAAAGAUCAUAUUAUUAAUAAUAUUCCUGCUACAACAUUUUUCUAAUUGAGUAGCGAUGCGUUUCAUCAUUCAUACAUACUCGUGUUAGUCCAGUUAUUUAAAGAUAAGAAAUAUUUUCAAAUCAUGUUCAAUAAUGCAACUAAAUUUUGGAAACGAACAAGCCUCUGUAAUGUCUAUAAGCUUAAACAAAAAUUUGUGUUUUAUAAUGUUCAUUUGUUGUUUAUAUGAUUGUAAGCUAAAUUAUAUACAAUGGUAGCAGUUUAUGUUUAAUCUGACAGUUGACACCUGGUUAACUUUGUACGUUAUGUAAAAUAAAAUAAGGAAAAUGCAUUACAUAUUCGGUAACUAAGUACUCGAAACUGGCUGCGUCCAUUAUUCGCAUUAUUAGACCUACAUAAUCAUUGUCAAAGAAAUCCGUUCUCGACAUAAAUUAUACAUUUCUUGGCCUUGUUGAAGGGAGGUACAUGUACAUGUAUGAUGAUAUGUUUAUCAGAUGCAUAAAAGGCCUAAUUGAUUAGUUUUGAGCCUAAUAUUGAAUUAUUUAAAUUUUGCCGGACAUCUUGCAUUAUUUUUCAACAUAAUCCCCUUCAGUAUCUCAACACUUUUGGCAGUGGUACUUAAGGGCCGCAAUGCCACUUUUAUAGAACUCCUUUUCUUGGCUGUUUAGAAAGUCUUCCACUGCAUGUUAGGGUUAGGGUUAAGGUUAGGGUUAGGGUUAGGGUUAGGGGGCCUGAAUAGCCGUUUUCAGUUUUGGAAAUAGAUACAUGUCUCAUGGUGCGAGAUCAUGUGAAUAAGGCGGAUACUCAAUCAAUUUUAAAAAGCCACAACCUUGAAUGGCAGCCAUGGCAAUGACAGACUCUUUCACCCUAACACUAAUUUCAACCGAUUUUGUCCAUUUUGC